GCCCCACAUAUAACAUCCGUCUUCAUGCCACUGUGUCUGAGCUGUCAAUCGAACUGUCCAAGAACACUGUGCACUACUCUGCCGUCGUCGUUGGGCAGUACAAGGUUGAGACAGUCCACCUCUACAACUGGUUCCGAGUACCCUGCAAAUGGUCCAUCAAGCCUGUUCAGAAGACCAAUCACUGCAAAUACAUGACACCAGCCGUUCGUCAGAAGCAGCAGGCGCUGGAGUAUGAGCCCCGUCCCUUUGAAGUGAAGCCCUCCAAAGGAACCCUUGAUCCAGGAAGGUGCCAGAAUCUGAAAAUCAAAUUUACACCCAAGGAGGAGAGGUCUUACAGUAAUGAGCUGGAGCUUAACAUUUUUGGGAGCAGCAAUCACUUCAAGCUGUACCUCUCAGGACAAGGUCUGGAGCCACGGUUGGAGUUCAGCCCCCCAGAACUAGAGAUGGGAUGGAUGCUGGUGGACAGUGAUGGGAUGGAGGCCACAGUGGUGGUGAAGAACCCAUGCAACUUCCCCAUUGAAUUUUACGCCCUGGAUUUUGAUGAGCAGUACCUUGAGAAGAAGCACGUCACAGAGCUAUCACAUUCCAUCCUGAGUCCGUGGCGAAGGUGGCUGGGAUUCCUUUCUCUCGGGCCGUCCUGCGCCCCCCGGGCACUGCCCCGUCCUCGUGGCGGCGCGAGGCGCAGCCCCACCGAGGGAUUGUUGUCAUCGUCCAUGGGCCGCCCCGGGCAGGUAAAAAGCUCACUGCUCAGAGCAAGAAUAAAGAAGCUGCUGAGGAAAACAUCUACAAGAAGUAUGCCAAAGGCAAGAACCUUCCAGCACAAAAGAAGGAGCCAGCCAAGGUCUCUGCUGGCCAAGGGAUGGGCCCUCCAGGACCUUCCCCUGAGCCCCCAGCCUGCACUGCUAUUCACAGUUUCCACUGCUCCUGCGCCCCAGCAGCUGAACAUCGUCAGCAGUCGUGGGGAAGAGCUGAACUGCUUGAGCUGUGUGCUGCCCGAGGAGCUGCUGGUGGACAUCCUCAGUGAGAGGCUGCAGCAGAAAGACUGCUACAAGGGAGUGGUCUUUGAUGGCUUGGAGAGCCUCUUUGCAAGCAGCCUGGAAUCUUCUCUGCUCUGCGUACUCAGAGCUGUCAAGAACUGUCAUCAUAUCUAUGUGGUGAACCUGCAGCAGGAUUAUGCUUCUUGGAAAGCCAAGAACAAAGCUGAAAGAAAGAAGAAGGAAGCUCAAAGAGAGAAGGAAGUGGAUGAGGAUGAGCAUGAUGCCCUCCCUGAGGAGAAGAAAGCAAAAGUGGAUAAAAUAUUACAGGAAAGGAAGAGAACACAGACACAGGGGGAGCUGAAGCAGCCAGCUCAAAAGCUUGAGGAGGAGGCAAAAGCCUUAGAGCAGGAAGAGAGGCAGAAGGAGGAAGAGAAGCUGAAGAAGGAAAAGAAAGUCUCCUUCGGGAAGCAGCCUGCAAAACCAGAGAAGGAAAUCAAAGCUCCAGAGAAGAAGGAAACCAAAGCCCCAGAGAAGGGGGCACCCAAAGCCCCACAGAAGAGGGGAACCAAAGCCCCACAGAAGAGGGGAACUAAAGCCUCUGGGAAGGGGAGAACCAAAGUCCCCAAGGACCCAGCUGAGAUCUUGAUCCUGAGGUUUCAGAUCUAUGAGUCAUCACAGCAGGACAUGGCACAGGUUUUCUCCUACUGGGACAGGGUUCAGGGUACCGUGCAGUUACCCGUGAUCCAAAAGGGAAACAAGUCCCAGCCUGCAGCUGGAAACAAAGGCUGGAAGGCCAGUAAGCCUCAGGAGAAGGUGAAGAAGCAGCCUAAACCAAAACAUGAAGGCCAAAGGAGUCUUCAGUCAUCUCAGCUGAGGACACAAAGCAAAGUUGCAGAAGGGGCAGUCAGAGACAAGCAUGUCGGGGUGCCGUGCUUGGACAUCCAGGUCGCAGAUCCGAAGGCCAUGAUUGGGGAGAUCCUGAGGGAUGGGAAGCUGCCAACAGAAGACCAGCUGCUGAAACAUCUGGGACUGCAUCCUGACGGCCCUCCCCUUGCCCCUGGUGCUGCGCUCUCCAUAGCCGAGUACCCAGAGGCCAAGGCCCCAGAUGCAAAGGGCAGUUCUGCUGAGAGGCAGCCAAAGAGGGGUAAAGUGGUCAGCAGUGUCAGGUCUGCAAAGGAGAACCAGAUCUCCACACAGAGAACAGAAAGCUCCCAGGAUUCCUCUGUAACAAGAUCCCAAAGUCCUUCGGAAGUGCUGGAAAGAGCCUCAACCCCUGCAGCAUUCCUCAGGCUGAAACGGUACCGGUGGAAAGUGCCUGCCCAAGGUCAGGUGGAACUGAAGGUCAACUUCUUCACCAAAAAGCCAGGGAAGUUUGAGCAGACAAUGAAGUUUGAGAUCGUGCUGUCCAAGCGCCAGUACGAGCUGCCCUGCAGUGUCACCGGCCUGUACCCCAGCAUCAUCCAGAACCCACGGCUGGUGUUUCCACACUGGAGGGAGACCAUGGAGGAGGAUGAAGUCAUCUUCAAAGAAUAUGUUGAGAGCACAAAGCAAUUCCACUUUGGACCGCUGCUGUGUGGGAAGUCAAGAGAGUGGUAUGAGGUCCAGAACUGUCCUGGCAACUCAGAGAAGCUAACCAUCCUCAACAACUCCCCCAUGGUCAUAGAGGUCCACUUCUCUUUUGAGAAAGAUUGGAAAACAAGGACCUUUGUUGCGGACCCUCGCCGCAUGACCCUGAAACCAAAGGAGGGGAAGGAGCUGACCAUUUGGGCAUACCCCACCUCCCCUGGCUUCCUGGAAGACAAGCUCAUCUGCAGCAUUAGGAAGAACCCGGAGCCAGUGGUCUUCAGCCUGUGCUGCCAUGGGGUGGACAUGAAGCUGGAGGUCAGCCCCCUGCAGCUGUCUUUUGACAAGCUGCUUCUGCACAGGGCUGACAGCAGGACCUUGGUCCUGAAAAACAACACCCUACUGCCCAUGGCCUGGCAGCUCCGUGGGCUGGGUGGCCUUUUUGAGGACUUCUCCCUGUCACAAGAUAAUGGCAUCCUUGAUCCCCACUCAGAGUUUCAAGUGACAGUGCAUUUCAAGGCUGAGCACAUUGGCAGCAUUGAGAAGAUCCUGCAACUAGAGGUUUCAGAUACAGAAAACAUCCUGGGGAAUUUUCAGGCUGAAAACAUCAAAAUCUCUGCAGAGGUCUAUGAAGUUUCUCUGAGCAUUGACAUGCCUGAAGGUGCAGAUGGAAGCUUGGAAUUUGGAACCAUUAAUGUCCUGGAUAAAGUGAAGAAAGUCCUGAGUCUACAGAACAAAGGGGUAUACAACAUUGAGUACAGUUUCACGCUGAAGGGUGCAGGUCCCAAGAUGCAAGACUUGGCAUCCCACUUCACUGUUGAGCCUCAGUCAGGCGUGCUGAUUGCAUCCCGGCCUGGUGAGAAGGUUGAGAUGCUCUUCCACCCCACCAGUGAAAUGGUCCUCAAGAACAAUCCCAUCCUGUACUGCCAGGUGGCAGAUGCCAGCCCAGGUCGAGGACGCCCGGCUGUUGCCAACAUCCCAGUGAGGGUGUCGGCCGAAGCGGAGUACAGCAAGUACAGCAUUGUGCCCGCCUCGCCCACCGACUUCGGAGCCAUGAUCGUGGGCACCAGGAAGACCCGGAGCGUUGUGCUGAAGAACAUAGGCAUGGCCAAUUUCACAUUCUGCAUCCGCCAAACACCCAAGCUUGCGUGUGCGUUGGAAAGCAAAAGUUCAAAGCAAAGGAAAUCUGCUCCAUCAGCUACAAAGCGCUCGACAGGAAAGGAAUCAAGCUUGUCAACACCGAGUCACCUCAAUCUGGGCGCGUUCACGGUGUCCCCCUGCUGUGGCUGCAUCCGCCCGUGUGGCCUGCAGGUGAUCAAAGUGGAGUGCCUCGCAGGGCAGGAGGGGACAUGUGAGCAGCAGCUCUACAUCGACAUCAUGGGCAGAGACCCCAAGGACAACCCCCUGGGCAUUCCCUUCACCCUGAUUGUCGAGUCCUGCCUCCCAGCACUCGUUCAGGAUGUCACGUCAGUCUUCAAGGACUACCCCAUCUGCAGCAGCGCCGACCUUGAGUACAAGCUGCAGUCGCUGGAAGGCAUGGGCCUGUUCGUCAGAGAUGAGAACAGAUUCAUUUUCAACAAGGUUCUGGUUGGGCAGGAGGCAGAAGCUCAUUUCAGAAUUUGCAAUGCAGGCCGUCUGCCAUGUGACGUGGCCCUCUCCAUCCUGCCUGGAGAGGAACAAAUCCCUAUCAACAAUAUUUUCAAUCUGGAUCCUGUCAAGAUGUCCAUUCGUGGCUCAUCCUCUGCCAUUGCUACGGUGACCUUCACCCCGCCAGACAAGCAGAGCUACGACUGCACCUUCAAGGCUUCCCUUGUCAUCCCCAAAGGCUCUGUGGAAGUUCAACCCCAAAUCCUGACCUUCACCAUCAGCGGGAAGGGGCAGGAGCUGCCGGUGACAGUCGUGCGCCCCAAUGCUCGCAGCAAGAGGGGAACGGCCGUGCUGCGCUUCAAGAGGCUCCAGCUGGAGCAUUCAGAGAUGCUCCCCCUGGUCCUCCGUAACAGCGGCACCAAACCUGUCAAGUUUAUGUUACAGCUGGAGGAUGAGCACGGAGCGUUCUCCUUGAAAGGCAGGGCCUUCACAUUCAAGACAGUCCUCACUGGAGAAAUGGAAGAGGACUCCGUCAGAAGCGAGACCAAGCCCCCAAAGCAGACUUUCAUCCUUCUGCGUCAUGGGCAAUCGGCACAGUUUAAGGUCAUUUUCAAACCCACCCUGGCUCAACGUGUGGAAGGGAAGAUUGCUCUGGUAGUGGGGGACAUCUGCAUGACCCUGGUUGAGCUGGUGGGUGAGGGCCACAACGACGAAUUCACCCUCGAUGGAUUAAAGGAAGACACCCAGGAGAGGAAUGCCAAGAGCAGUCUGAGGAAAGACAUCAUCGAUGCUGUCAGAGUGAACCACAUCGAGUUUGGGCACUGUCCUGUCGGGAAGCGCUGCCGCAGGACCUUCACCAUCACCAACCGCACCCUUACGCAGGCCAUGCGCUUUGAGUGGGAUGCAGACGCCCCGUUCCAGUUCUCCCCCAAGGUGGGACACCUCCAUCCUGGCUGUGCCAAGAACAUCGCAGUGAUCUUGAGAUCAGAUGUCCCAGUCACCUUCAGAAGGCACCUUGUGAAAUGUAAGGUGACCAAGAUCAACUUUGAGCUGCCACGAAGGAAGGUUCUAGACUGGGACGACCAAAUGCGCACUGUGACGGUGAAGGAUACCACGUGGAAAGACCCAGCAGGCAGGUGGCCUAAAAAAGAGAAGGUGGUUGAGCCAGUCCUGGAACCAGCUCACACUGUGGUGGAGGAGAGCAGCCAGGAGGCUGAGGUGUACCUCAGUGCUGUUGUUGCCCACGCCCAGUUCAAACUGAGCACAACCGUGGUUGAGUUCAAGGACACCUUGCCCUUCCAGACAAGGACAGCCUUUUUCAGGCUAUGCAACACAGGGAAGAUAGCCCUGGAAUACUCCUGGGAGGAAGCUGGAGAUAGUGAAGCAGCGAUGAGGACUGCUCUGGCACGUAAUUUCCUCUCCUCUGAAACUUUAAGGCGUUGCAGAAACCUUCUGCAUCAUUUUGGGUGGCAGCAGGACCAGGAAACUCAGGCUUUUGAGCUGCGGCUGCUGCAGCGGCUGGCCAAGCACCUGCAGGAUUCCAAGAGGCAGCAGUUCGAGGAGCUGGACCAUCCCAAGAAGCUGCGCAACUCAAAGCGCGUUGGUUCCGCCCUGGAAAUCUUCCCAGACGCCAUCUAUGACCUGCCACUGUUCUCCAUCAAGCCCUACCACGGCAUCAUCACUCCUGGCCAGAAGCAGGCCUUUCAAGUGCAGUUCUCCCCAAAGUGUGCGGGGAUGUUCCAGACCACCCUGCUGUGCAGAAUUUCUAACCUGAAUCCAGCUGAGAAGAUGAGGCAGGUGACUGUGAAAGGCAGAGCCUUGGAGCAGAAGAUUCUUGGUAGGGCAGACGGAGAAAGGCCAGGGAGCCAAGGAUCAGGUGCCCUGGAAAGCAGCACCUGAGGGACAGCAUUUGUGCCAGCUGGAGCUCCUGCAGGAGGCAGCAACAUCGUGCCUUCUGCUGCUGCUGGUCUCCCAGCCUUCACCAGAGACCUCUGCAGCUACCCUUCCGAGCUCCAGUGAAGACCUCUAGCCAACCUUUAAUCACCUACAUAACU